UUGCAGCCAGGUGUAAUCUAGGGAGCUGGACUGGUUGUGCAGCGCAGUCAGCCUGCCUGCCUUUAUCAAAGAUCUGGUAGCUUUUGCCUCCCACCUGCGUGGGGCUUCUGGAAGUGUCUACUUGGGUGUGUCUUGGUCCAGCAGCCCCACACGUGGCACGCUGCAUCCAUCCUAUGCCUGUGGCAGACCUGCACAGAGCGGGUGCCUCAAAGGUGGACCCUGGAGGCUUCUCAGUCCUGUGAGGCGGGACCUGGCACACAAAGGGCGCUCCACUCUCAGAAGCAGGUGUUCUCAGGCUCCGGCCCAGUGGACCUGUGGGGCAGCCACUCUCCAGCAACCCCGCAGGCGCCUCCAGGAGCAGCAGGAGCCCCACCGCCACCUAAGCAGGGCGACCCGGGUCUGUGUCCGCCUUGGCCAGCAAGAUGCUGCCCGUGUCCCCAGAGGUGAAGACGAAUCCACUGCAGAAGGCGAACUUCUGCUCACGCCUGUUUGUCUGGUGGCUAAACCCCUUGUUUAAAAUUGGUCACAAACGGAAAUUAGAACCAGAUGACAUGUACUCGGUGCUUCCGGAAGAUCGCUCCCAGCGCCUUGGAGAAGAGCUGCAAGGGUACUGGGAUCAGGAAGUUGAGAGAGCCCAGAAAGACGCACAGGAGGCUUCCUUAAUGAAAGCAAUCAUAAAGUGUUACUGGAAAUCUUAUUUAAUUUGGGGAUUGUUUACAUUUCUUGAGGAAGGCACCAGAGUAGUUCAACCUAUAUUUUUGGGGAAAAUGAUUAGUUAUGUUGAAAACUACCAUCCCACCGAUUCUGCCGCUUUGCAGGAAGCCUACGGCUACGCGGCAGCGCUCAGCGCCUGCGUGCUUGUGUGGGCCGUUCUGCACCACUUGUACUUCUAUCACAUUCAGCGUGUGGGGAUGAGGCUGAGAGUAGCCGUGUGCCAUAUGAUCUACCGCAAGGCCCUUCGCCUGAGUAGCUCAGCCAUGGGGAAGACCACCACAGGCCAGAUAGUCAACCUGCUGUCCAACGAUGUGAGCAGGUUUGACCAGGUAAUGAUGUUCUUGCACUAUCUGUGGGUUGGGCCACUGCAGGUUAUCGCAGUGACCACCCUGCUCUGGAAGGAAAUAGGAAUGUCGUGUCUUGCUGGGAUGGCAGUUCUCAUUAUUCUUCUGCUUUUGCAAAGCUGCUUUGGGACGUUGUUUUCAUCACUCCGGAGUAAGACCUCAGCUCUCACAGAUGACAGGAUCAGGACCAUGAGUGAAGUAAUAACUGGUGUCAGAACAAUAAAAAUGAAUGUUUGGGAAAAGUCAUUUAUAGAUCUUAUUACCAGAUUGAGAAGGAAGGAAAUUUCCAAGAUUCUGAGAAGUUCCUACCUUAGGGGCAUGAAUUUGACAUCAUUUUUUGCUGUGAGCAAAAUCAUGAUUUUCCUUACCUUCAUCGCCAAUGAGCUCCAUGACAACCUGAUCACAGGCAGUCAAGUGUUUGUGGUGGUGAUGCUGUUCGAGGCUCUGCGGUUUUCGAGCACCCUCUACUUUCCCCUGGCUGUUGAGAAGGUGUCAGAGGCCAUCAUCAGCAUCCAAAGAAUCAAGAACUUUCUGUUACUUGAUGAGAUAUCACAGUGCUACCCUCAACUGCCAUCAGAUGGUGAAAUUAUCGUGGAUGUGCAAGUUUUUACAGCUUCUUGGGAAAAGGCAUCAGAGACUCCAACCCUACAAGGCCUUUCCUUUUCUGUCAGGCCUGGUGAACUGUUAGCUGUAGUCGGACCUGUGGGCGCAGGAAAGUCCUCACUGUUAUGUGCUCUGCUGGGGGAGCUGCCCCCAGGCCAGGGGAAGAUCAGGGUGCAAGGGAGGAUCGCGUAUGUUUCUCAGCAGCCCUGGGUGUUUCCAGGAACUGUGAGGAGUAACAUUUUAUUUGGGAAGAAAUAUGAAGGAGACAGCUAUAAAAAAGUUAUUAAGGCCUGUGCUUUGGAAGAGGAUUUUCAGCUUUUGGAGGAUGGAGAUAUAACUGAGAUAGGAGACAGAGGAACCCCCCUGAGUGAAGGGCAGAAAGCUCGGCUAUGCCUUGCCAGAGCCGUGUAUCAGGACGCAGACAUCUACCUCCUGGAUGAUCCACUCAGCGCAGUGGAUGCAGGAGUCAGCAGGCACUUGUUUGAACAGUGUAUUCAUCAGGCCUUGAAGGAGAAGAUCACAAUUUUAGUCACUCAUCAGUUGCAACACCUAAAAGAUGCAAGUCAGAUUCUGAUAUUGAAAGAUGGGAUAGUGGUGGAAAGAGGAACUUACUCUGAGUUCCUAAAAUCCGGGAUAGAUAUUUUUUCCCAUUUUGAGAAGGGGAAUGAGCAGUCUGAACCAUCUCCAGUGCCAGGAACUCCCACUAUGAACUCUGAGUCUUUGGUUCAGUCUCUCCAAUCUCCCAGACCCUCACUGAAAGAUGCGGCUCCAGAAGACCAAGAAACUGAGAAUAUACAGGUUGUACUACCUCUAGAGGACCAUUUGGAAAGAAACGUUGGUUUUAAGACCUAUAAAAACUACUUUACAGCUAGUGCUCACUGGCCUGUCAUCAUCUUCCUUAUUCUAAUAAACAUCGCAGCUCAGGUCGCCUACACCCUGCAAGACUGGUGGCUUGCAUACUGGGCGAAUGUACAAAGUGACCUAUAUUUGGGGGGAUAUUUAAAAGAAGAUGAAGAUGUAGUAUUUGUUCUGAACUGGUGCUUUGGAGUUUAUUCAGGGUUGACUGUGUCUACUGUCCUUUUUGGCAUCACAAGGUCUCUGUUGAUAUUCUACAUCCUAGUUAAUUCUUCACGAACUUUGCACAACAAAAUGUUGGAGACCAUUUUAAGAGCUCCGGUAUUGUUCUUCCAUAGAAAUCCAAUAGGAAGAAUUUUGAAUCGUUUCUCCAAAGACAUUGGGCAUAUGGAUGACUUACUGCCCCUGAUAUUUCUUGAUUUCAUCCAGACAUUUCUGCUUGUGAUUGGUGUGGUGGGAGUGAUGGUGGCUGAGAUUCCUUGGAUUACUAUACCUGUGAUUCCCCUUGGCAUAAUUUUCUUCAUCCUCCAGUGGUAUUUCUUUAGGACAUCACGAGAUGUGAAACACCUGGAAUGUACAACACGGAGCCCGGUGUUUUCCCUCUUAGCAUCUUCUCUCCGGGGACUCUGGACCAUCCGGGCGUACAAAGCUGAACAGAAGUUUCAGGAGCUGUUUGACUCACACCAGGAUUUGCACUCAGAGGCUUGGUUCCUGCUUUUGACGACGUCCCGAUGGCUCGCUGUGUAUCUAGAUGUCAUCUGUGCCAUCUUUGUCACUGUUGUUGCCUUUGGGGCCCUGAUUCUGGUAGAAACCUUGAAUCUCGGGCAGGUUGGCGUGGUGUUGUCGCUCACUGUCACACUCACGGGGAUGUUCCAAUGGUGCAUCAGGCAAAGUGCUGAAGUGGAGAACAUGAUGAUUUCAGUAGAAAGGGUUAUUGAAUAUACAGAUAAUGAUAAAGAAGUGCCCUUGGAACAUGCGCAUGUGCCACCAUCCUGGCCCCAUGGAGGGAAGAUUGCCUUUGUUAAGAUUAACUUCAGGUACAGCUCAUAUGCGCCUCUGAUACUGAAGGACCUGAGAGCACGCAUUGGCUCAAGACAAAAGCUUGGCAUUGUGGGAAGGACAGGAGCUGGAAAAAGCUCCCUCGUCGCUGCACUUUUUAGAUUGUCAGAACCUGAAGGUAACAUUUGGAUUGAUGACAUCUUGACAGCCAGGAUUGGACUUUACCAUUUACGGGAGAAAAUGUCAGUUGCACCUCAGGAACCUGUUUUAUUCACUGGAACAGUGAGGAAAAAUCUGGAUCCCUUUAAUGAGUAUUUGGGAAACGAACUGUGGAAUGUCUUGGAAGAGGUUCAACUUAAAGAAACCAUCCACGGUCUUCCUGGUAAAAUGGAUACUGAAUUAGCAGAAUCAGGAUUGAACUUGAGUGUUGGACAGAGACAACUAGUAUGCCUUGCCAGGGCUAUUCUCAGAGUAAAUAAGAUAUUGAUUCUUGACAAAGCCACGUCCAAUGUGGAUCCAAGAACAGAUGAGUUAAUACAAAAAAAAAUCCAUGAGAAAUUUGCUGAGUGCACUGUGCUAACCAUCACACACAGGUUGAGCACCGUUAUUCACUGUGAAUGGAUAUCGGUUUUGGAUUCAGGGAGAUGGGAAGAGUAUAGAGAGCCAUAUUAUUGGCUGCAAAAUACAAAUAGCCCGUUUUACAAGAUGGUGCGAAAACUGGGUGAGGAAGAGGCCUCUGCCCUCACUGAAAGGGCAAAUCAGGUGCACUUUGAAAGGAAAUAACCAGAUAUCACUCAAGUGACCGUGUGGUUAUGAAUGUUCAGUGGGCAGCCCUCAGCCUUAACAAUUUUUGAGUCAACGCUGUGAUUCUACCAUGAGUUCAUGUCUAUUCCAGAGGCGUUUUUCCAAUAGACUUUUGUACUGCAUAAAUUAUAUUUUACUUUUUUACACCAGCAACAAAUAUUCACAUAUUAUAAGAUGUUAAUCUGUAAUUUUUUCUUCAACUUCACUCAGUGAUUUCAAGCUCUUGCAAAAGGACUUAUUAUGUUUAUUUAUAUGUUAUACUGUUUUCUUUUAUCCAAAUCAAAGAUGCAGGCUACCAAAAGAAGCUGUCUCCCAAAUUUUUUGUCUUGAGAGACUCUGAAGCCACAUUUUCUAAGAUUUGAGAAAAGUUGUCACAGAUGUUUUUUUACUGUUCCCAGAAUGACACAUUCCUUCCCGUUUAUAUCAGGGAUUCUUGAAGACAGUGAAGUUGCCGUUUUGUGUCACCACUUCCUUUACUAGAACUACAAUCUGUUUUUCCACUCAGAGAUCUCUGGUUAAAAUACUACAGAGAAAACGAAUAGGAAAAACAUACAACACAAGCAAUUUAAGUAACAUUAUAGGAGAGAGAGGUGUUGCCCUCCAAAAAAUACAGAAGGACAAUAUUGUAGGUUUAUCUCCUGUGUUUCCUGCAUUGAAGGCAGAUUCUUUACAGCUGAGUCAUUAGGGAAGUCCUCUAAAAGAGAAGGAAGAGAAGAUAUGCUUUCUCAAAGUCGGAACCCUUCCAGAGAUUUGCUAAUGAAGGACAGACAUGUUCUAGACUGUCUUUUAGAUAGAGGAUUUUAUUUUUUUAUACUUAAAAAAUUGUAGUAAAAUAUAUAUAACAUAAAAUAUACCGUGUAACCAUUUUUAAUCAUACAAUUCAGUGACAUUAAUCACAUUUACAAGAUUGUGAAACCAUAAUUCUCUGGUUAACUUUUGGUAAUUAUAUUCUUCCUAUUCAUGUGUUAUUUCUGCAGAGUCAUUUUGGUAAGUUUCAUUUUUCUAGAAGUGGAUCUGUUUCCUGUGAGUUUUGAGCUUGAUUGGAAUAAAUGUAUUCACUAUAUCAUAUAUAUUUAAUCUCUGCAGCAUCUCUGUGUUCUUUUGGCCUUUUAAUUUUCUUUGAGCCUUCUCUAUUUUAUGAAUAAUCUUGAAUAACUUUUUCCUGUUUUCAAAGAAUCAACUUUUGCUUGAUUGAUGCUCUGUUUUUCUUUUUAGUUCACCAUAUAGUUCUUUCUUUCCUUCAACUUUUCCUUUACUUUGAGAUUUUUUCCUCUAAAUUCUUAAAUUGGAAACAGAUUAAUAAUGUCGUUAUUUUUCUAAUAUAAGUAUAUAAAGCCAACGUUUUUUCUGAGAUCCGCUUUAGCAAUAACCUACAAGUUUUGAUACUUACAAAACUUUUGGUAGAAAAAUUUUGAUACUUACAAUCAAUAUUCAAUGUAUUAUGUAUUUUCUAAUUACUAAUUUAAUUCAUUAACUAUAUCCUUUGCCCAUGAGUUAUUCAUAAGUAUAGUGUUCUCUAAAUUUCAAACACCACUGGAUUUUUUCUAUUAGAUGGAACAUGUGGACCUGUUAACAUUCAACCUUUUUUAAAGCUAUAAAAUGGCACUUUCAUGUGUUUCAACAUAAUAGUUUCUUUUGUUAUUGAUAUGUAACUUAAUUUCAUUUUGGUCAGGGAACAUUAGAUUGUGGAUUGUAAACCAAGGGUAACCAUAUUCACACAAAAAGUCCUUGUUUCCACCAUUUUGUAUUUUAUUUGGGGGUUUUAAAAUGUGAUAAGUACAUAUGUAACCAGUAAUUUUCAAAUAAAAAUCCUCCUUGAGUA